ACUUAAUACCGACCGGCGCGCCCCCCAACAGUAUUGCGCAUCUCCUGACGCACGAGUCACGUGAGUGGCGUAAGAAGCAAAAGGAGCUGUCCGCGGUGCUGACGCCAGACUCCGACUAGAAGCAGAGCGAUGCUCAGCUCUCCCACGGCGCUUCCCACCAACCAACCCGUCUAAGACGUCACCAUGCCGUCAGUCCCUCAGACCUCCUCCACAGCCAAGCCGUCUCUGAUCUGUUUAACUAACCUCCUCGUGAUCCCUCUCUUCCUCACCUCUGCUAACGGCGCUUCGCUCAGAGAUCACAGGCUGCGUGGGAGCGAACCAGAUCCCCAGAGAGGAAAUGUCCCUGAGGCAGCCGACGCAGACAUGCUGAAAGCCUUGGAGGUCAUUCAGCGUCUCCAUCAAAGACCUCCUCUUGGUGCAGGGCUUGAUUUCAGCCACGCAGACGAAGCUGAGAACAUCCGUGCCAUGCUGAGACUGGCCUCCAACCCUGUGCAGAGCAAAGAUGAGGAGGACUCAGAGGAGGAAGAGGGAAGGGAGGAUAAGAGUGAAGAGCUGCUGCAGGCGGUGCUCAGCACCCUCCAGCAGACGGAAAAGGCCUCCAGGCCAGCUCUGCUUCGCCCAGAUGGCCCACAUCCAAAGGUGCAGGUGAAGCAACAGGACAUUGUACCCCACAGGAAGAUGCCUUUAAUAUUUGAGGAUGAGGAGGAAGAUGGGGGUGAGGAAGAGGAUGUAGAGCCCAGGCAUCAAAGCUUUCUGAAACUUCCCAACGAGGACGUGGAGGAGAAGUACGCUCCCGAGAACCUGGCCACGCUGCAGUCGGUGUUUGAUGAACUGAGCAAGCUGACAGACUCAAAAAUCAUUCACAAGCGCCAAAAUGAGGAGGAGCAUAUGGAGGGUGAAGAUAGGGAGGAAGAUGAACGCAUGUUUAACGAGAGGAAUGCAGAAUAUGAUGAGGGGAAUGGAGAUCUUGCAGACUGGGGUCCUCUAGAAGAACAGGAAGAGGAGGAAGAGGAGGACAACAAACACAACGGGGGUCAGGGGCUGGAUUACAUUGAUGACAACAAUGAAGAAGCUGAUGAGGAUGAUGAAGAAGAAGAUGACGAUGAAGGGUAUCCAGUUAAAAGGUCAAGCGAUGCAGAUGAUGUAGCAAAUCUGGUGGACUAUUACCUUCUGAAGGUUCUGGAGAAAACAGAAGAAGAGGAGCAGAAACGAGAGAUAGAGGAGGAAGAGGAGAGGGCAGAGAGAGAGGUGGCUCAGACUCCGUACCGAUACACCAUCGACCCACGACUCAUCUAUCAGAUCAUCACUAUCUCCCAGAAGUACCACAUCCCCCCCGAAGAUCUGCUGAACUUACUCAGAUUUGGAGGUCAAACCAGUCAAGAUAAGCUGAGAGAAAUCAGUGGACUGUCCAGAGCAGAGAGCAAGCUGAUGUCCUCGAGGACGUUUCCCAACUCCAAGUUCUACAGCAGACGCCUGCCUUAUGUGGGAAAGAGCCCAAAGGAGCGAAGAACGGAGGACAUCCUCAAAAUCCUGGGUCUGGAGGGUUCAGGAGCUCCAUCAGCCAGCACGAGGCAGAGGCCGUACAAAAGCUCCCCGUCACGACUUCAGCCUGUCGGACGUUUGGGAGAGCCCACUCCCACGCAGCGUCGCCUUCCCAACAACUUCAGAGGAGACUCAGAUGACUCAUUGGAUGAGGACCAACUGGCAGCUUAUCUGGCAGCUCAGAUGCUGGCGCGGCAUCGCAAACCUGCUUUUAGCAACACCAGGCUGACCCAUAAACGAGACGACGCAGGACCCAGCACCACAGGCUCUUUUGAAAAGGCACUAGAGGAGUAUUUUGACUUGGUGGACACAAAUAAAAGUCCAAAUGACAAGAGACAGCUGGAGGACGAGGAGAGGGGCGGAGACACGCAAACGCAGGGCUCAGAGAAAGAGGCGGUGAUGAGCGCGUUGAGCUACCUGAACCCAGAAACGGAAGGAAGUGACGCCAAACCCACCAAAGGAAUCUAAAUAAGACUGUAAACAUCUAUAAAUAUUUAUAUAUAAAAACAAAUAUAUAUAUUGUUUUAGCAGAAGGAGGAGCGUAAAAAUAAAGUAUUUGGAAAAAAAAUACACAGAAUCAGCUUUAGUUCAUGUGUAGGUUUACAAAAACGUAUUUAUUAAAAUAAAUCUGGUGUUUUCAUUUGAUGUUUAGCUCAAAAGUUGUUCCUGACCAGAUGAAGGUGUGUUUCACCAGCCUUAGACUUCUGCACACAAUCCAGAUCAGUGUUGAGUUCUUUGCACUUGUACAUUUUUCCUACGCGUGGUCACAUAUCUGUUGUUAAUAAAGCAUUGACUUUA